CAAAUAACCAUUAAUAAUUUUUCAUGGUUCACACACACUUUCAGCACCAACCCGGCUCCCAAAAAAAAAAACCUCUCCUGUUCCCUCCCAUGGCGGCCAACAUACUAAGAAAAAACUCUCGAUUCACCUGCUCUCUUCGGCCCUUCUCCAACGCCGCCGCCACCACUGAUACAUCUCUCCCCUCCACCAUUCUAUGCGCUGCCACGAUCUCCCGCAUCAAAUCCUCCAUCCGCGAAGAAUCAAACCCUGACCGCUUGGUCGAUCUCUUCAAAUCUGCCGCCACGACACCACUCUUUUACGGAGACCGCGUCAUCUACAAGAUCACAAUCCAAAAGCUUGCUCGAGCUCGCCGUCCCGACCUAAUCGAGCUUCUCCUCGAACACCAGAUCACAAAUUCCUCCACCCCCAAAUCAGAGGGCUUUCUUAUGCGCAUCAUUUCUCUAUACGGCGGAGCUUCCAUGCCUGAUCACGCCGCUUCAACCUUUGACCGCAUUGCAGUUCGCCGCUCAGAGCGCUCCCUUUGCGCCCUCCUCAGCGCCCUCCUCAAGUGCGGUCAGCAUGCGCGCGUUCUUGAAACAUUCAAGAAAGCCGAACGAGUUCUUGGGGUUGCUCCGGGAAUAGCUUCUUGUAAUAUUCUUCUACGAUCGCUUUGUGAAGAUGGCAACGUUGUAGCCGCCCGAAACAUGCUCGAUGAAAUGCCGCAAAGUGAUCUUAUGCCUGAUAUCAAUUCGUAUAAUAUGGUUUUGAAUGGCUAUUUAAAAGAGAAGAAGGAGGAAGGAUUCGAGGAGCUUCUACAGGAGUUAACAAAAAAGAAGAUGGAUGCUAAUGUAUCAACCUACAACUGUAGAAUUGCUCAUCUUUGCAGUAAAGGAAGGACCUUUGAAGCGGAGGAGCUUUUGGAUGUGAUGGUUUCAAAGGGCAUUUGCCCAAACGUUUUUAGCUUUAAUACUUUAAUUGAUGGGUUUUGCAAUGAAGGGGAUGCAUGCUCAGCAAUGAGGGUUUUCAGAAGGAUACAUGUAAUGAAGAACAGGGAUAGCAGUGUAGCCUCUACAAAUUAUACAACCUAUAUAGUUUUGCUGGGUUGUUUGGUUGAGAAAGCUGAAUUUGAUUCUGCUUUGGAGAUCUGUAACCUGUGCUUGAGUAAGAAAUGGGUGCCUCCAUUUCAAGCUGUGAAAGGAUUGAUCCAUGGAUUGAUCAAGAAUUCCAAUGUGAAGGAAGCCAAGAAUGUAGUAGAAGAAAUGAGGAGAGCUGUUAAAGGUGAUUCCAUUGAGGCAUGGAAAAAUGCUGAGGGUGAGUUUGCUUUUUGAGGGUUUUGUAGUUGAUAGAGCCAUACGACUCUCCAGUGGUUUGUUUUUAUUGAGUUCCAUAUUUUAACGUGUGAUGGUGUCACCUACUUGAAAUUACUUUUUAGCUUUCGAAUGAAGUGAUUUUACCUGAAAAUUUUUAUUUUUUA